UGGAUUUUUCUGAGUCGGGUCGGUUGAAAAUUUGCAAAUCUCUACUCAGGACUAACGAAACUUCGACCCGUCCCCUCCCCCUAUCAUCCCUGUCCAGAAAACAAUAGAUCUCCCUCUUCUGUAUCUGUGGAGACAAAUGGAUUUCCAAAUACGCAGCGUUUUCAAUCUUCUCCUCAUAUCUUCUCUACUCUGUUCACUAUCCGCGGCUAAUGAAAGCACCGGAUCAGUUCUCUUCAUCGAUGGCAGUUCUCACAAAUAUCUUCGUUCUCAAUCAACGAACCACAACGACGUCGUUCCGUCUAUGAGUCCUUUGGAAGUUGGUGCUGCUGUGUCUGUCUUGCUCGGUUUCGCACCGCCUGCAACACUAUCAGCUGCUGGUUCAUCUAAGUUAAAUGAGGUUCUUAUGCCCAAUCCGUUUGAUAGACCUCGCGCUGUUUUCUUGCUCGAAAUCGCUGGAGUCAAUGAUCUGGGUUCUUCAGAAAAUGCUAUGUUCAUUAAUGCCAUUAAACAAAAAAGAACUCUUGGUUCUGAGAAAGCUCAAAUUGAACUUCAAGGUGAAGAAGUUUCCGUGGUUUCUUUGGAUGAAAAAGUAGCAGAUAUUACUGACAAGGAGAUUAGUGAUUUGGCAUCUUGGGUGGGUGGAUCAUACAUUGUCAGCGGCUUGAAAUCACUAAAUGGAGAGUUGGUUGUCCCAUUGGCUAGUGGUGCUGAUUUGAAGCUUUAUAUGUCAAGGGAAGCAGACCGAGAAUUUGUUGCAAGUCUCAUUGCUUUGUUCCACAAUAGUAGAAGAGCAAUUGAAAUGCAUGAAGAUCUUUCACAGGCUUCUAAAGGACCUGCAGAAUUAAUUAGGGGUCAUUUUCAUGGCAUUAAGGCUUUGCAAGAGCAGUAUGGACAUGAAGUUGUGCAGCAAGGACUGGAGCUAUUACUUUCUACACUGUCUAAAACGCUUGAGUCUUUCCAAGUGGCAUACAAAGGUCAAAUUGUUGGAGUUAUUAUCUCUAGUGAAAUAUCUUCUCCAGAAUCAGAGAAAAUGUUGGAUGUGGUUUUGACUGCCCGUCCAUCUGCACGCUGGUUGGCAGAGACAGAAGGAUCAAGUGUAACUAAUGCAUCCCUUCUGGAAGUUGUGUUGGUGAGAACGAUCCUUGCUUGGCUGACAGGAAUUAUUCUUAUCAUUGCUACUCUACUUGGGAUUUACUCGCUGCUCUACAUGCCAAUCACGAAGGACACCCUUCUCUACUCUAACGUGAAGCUUGAUUAAAGCUGAGUCGAUGAAUCUUUCUGCUGCCAGAAGCAGUGGGGGGAUGCCAGGGUUUUUGUGCAUGGAUUUUUUUUGUUUUUAUAAAAAAAAAAUAGUACCAAUGGCAGUUUACGUUGUUGUGAAGCCUGUUCCUUGCUAUUGUGUGAUAUUGAGUAGGUUGCUUCGGGUGCGCUCUAUUUAAGCAUAACCAAAGAGAAAAUGAGAAAAUUACUUAUCGACAUGGGGCAAUCAAAUGUGGAAGAAAUGAGUUAUUGUGCAAGAAUUCCAUGGUUGGCAGUUUAGUAGAUUGUCAAAAUGCGCAUUUGUUAAAUAAUAUACUCCAUCUCAUUAUGUAUUUGUACUUGCUAUUCAAAUUCUUGUUAAUUAGUGUAGUUUGAAUAAGGAACUUGCUGGAAUUCCAGUGUUGAAUUUUUAACUGAUGUUUGAAUGUAUAAUUAUCAACUUUUUUGAA